GCCAAAAUAAACAAUACUGGCGCCAGGACUUUACUAGUAACUAUUUUCCAAAAUCAGGAGAUUGUAGGAAAAAAGCAUAAAUAUACCUAGCUAACGACUUGGUCCCUUCAACAAAACCCUACCCGACGUUCAUCAUCAUUUAAGGGUUCCGGAACUUCAACUCUUUUCACGGUCAUGUUGACGUUCAUAACUCUUCAUCCAGAAUCCAGCAAUCUUUACAACAGAACAUGCGAUUGAUCGUUCUAGUCAACAUCAAGACCAACAGCAAUUACGAAUAGCAUCACUGUCUUCGCACAUAAUUUCAAAAUGGAAGACAAAGACAAGGACAGGGACAGGGACACAGUCAACCCAAAGAGACGGCGGGGUCUUGGUAUUGUGACGCCAAAUGCUUGCACAGAAUGUAGAAAGAAACGUGCAAAGUGUGAUGGCGAGACUCCCUGCGCAAGAUGUGCAUCUCAAAAGAACGUCGAAUGCGUUUACGAAGUUCCCGUACGUCAAUCGAAAGAGAAUAUGAGAUCCGAGAUCGAACAUUUAAAGGCAUAUCAACAACAAAGUGAGCGUGUGCUUGCUGCUAUCGCUUCACAGGAUCAAACCGCGCAGGUAAUCGAUCGACUUCGACAAGGGGAAGGAUUAAAAAGCAUUGCGGACAAGUUACAAACUCCACCACAAAUUUCAUCGGCGGAUGGAGAAAAUAUUACGACAUACACAAGUUUUACCGAUCAUCAAGCAAUUGGAAAUGCACUCAGGCCGGUCAGAGGGAUCAUAACAGCUCCAUUCACAUCAUGGGGGAGAAGUGGUAUGCAAGGGCCAACUGCCGACUUUCAACAUGGGGAAAUGCAAGGAAUGUGGAAUCAAUGGCCUGAUACUCACAACAUAUCAUCUGGUAUGGCUGCUGGAGAUGACUUGAUGAAUUGGGAAACGGAACCUGUUAAUUUGCCUGAGAAUAAUAAUCAUCCGGCAAUUGGAGGCACCUGGCCGGAAGAAGCAUCCAAUCAUUCUACUCCGAAUAGCACAGUACUAUAUGCUAGAGGUCAAGGUCAAGAGACGAUUCUCGGUCAAGGAAUUGGUUCAUUGCGGGAAGAUAGUCCAACCUAUCCACCUGCAUCCUGGACCAAAGUUACCUCGGAUUCUGAAUUCGUAGACCAUCUUAUGGCGCUUUAUUUUUGCUGGGAAUAUCCCACAUUUGCCUCUUUGAGCAAGGAGCAUUUUCUUCAUGAUUAUAAAACUGGAAAAACAGUGCAUUGCAGUGAGCUACUAGUGAAUGCGAUAUUGGCUUUAGGAUGUCGAUUCUCUGCUAAUGUAAAUGCAAGAACUGAUCCUCACGAUAGUAGUACUGCUGGUGGUCAUUUCUUCGCCGAAGCAACUCGCUUGCUUAAAUUGGAAAAAGACCAACACUCUUUGACAACAAUUCAAGCAUUGGGCCUGAUGGCAAUUAGAGAGGCAAGUGGAGGUCGCUCCAGUGCAAGUAUUUAUCUUUCAGGGCAAUCACUUCGAUUGGCAAUUGAGAUGGGUCUUCAUCUUGAAGCUGAGGGUCAAAGGCCUAGUGAACCAGUAGGGGGAUCACAAGCGGUACGACUAGCCACAUUUUGGGGAGCCUUUUCUUUAGACCAAGCCUGGUCAUUGACUAUUGGGCGAGUACCUCAAUUUUCACAUAUAACCAAGUUAAACGUAAAACCAGCAAUUGUAAGUACAGUUGAGGCAUCUGCUUGGAUCCCUUAUACAGAUGAUGGAGCACCACUUGAGCGUAAUUGUACUCAGCCAUCAAAUAUCAGAAGUGUAUACGCAACAUUUUGUGAGCUUUCUGAGCUAAUUCACCAAUCUUUGUAUCUUUUCUAUGCACCUGGCUCCAAUAUCAACAGCAAUUCGCUACUCCGAGUAUAUACCAAGUUUCUCCGAUGGUAUGACUCAAUUCCUGCGGCUUUACGUUUAGGACACAACUUUACACCAUCCGUAUUAUUUUCACAUAUGUACUAUCACUAUGCCAUCUUACUUUUAUUCCGCCCCUUUAUUAAACUUUCUCUAAUCGGAUCGGGAGUUUCGCCCCGUGAUGUUUGUAAUCAAGCUGCGGAUGCAAUUUCUGCCCUCACCAGCUCCUACGCCCAACUUUACACGCUGAGGCGUACUCCCUCUUUUGUACCUCAUUUUAUACUCGCCUCAAGUAUUACUCACCUCGUAACACUAGGCAAUGCAAAAACUGGCGUUGAGAAGGUCACUCAAGGAAUCACGGAUCUCAGAGAGAUGGCUAGCUGUCAUGGAUUUGCUGCUCGCGCCUGCAAUAUCCUUCGUCAUCUGGCUAAAAAGUGGGAUAUCGAAGUCCCUGAUGAUAGCCAAGAGCCAAUAGAACCUGACAUCUUCGAUGCCCAAGCUCGUCCUUCUCCCAACUCUCUUAAUCAAUUUUGUACACAAGUUGAUGAGGCGGAUAUGAUGCGCGGUAUUGGUCUAGCAGGGGAAGAAGAAAAUCCUCUCUUUUGGCCUUUCCCUAUGCAAGGAAGACCAUUAAUGCAAUAUGCUGGAGGGAAUUUGGGAAAGUUGGGAUUCGAGAGGUUGAAAGAAUGAGUGGAAAUCUGGAAUUGGUGUUAUGGAUUUAUAGGAGAAGCUGGACGUAUACCCCGUUUCGUAUCGGGAAAGCCGAUUUGAUAUGGAAUAUUGAUAAAAGAAGAAGUGAAAAGCGAAUCCAAUUUGUUUCAUGGGUACAGUGGGUACGGUGGGUGGGAACGGAUGGGCAUGAGAAUAUGAUACCUUGGAGGCGUUUUGUCUUUCUUGCGGGAUUAACAAAUGACGGGCGGUUUGGAGAGGGCUUUAUCAAGAUCUGAAAUUGGAAAUUGAAUGGAAUGGAAUGGAAUGGAAUGGAAUGAAAUGGCAUUUACAGAAGUCUGUAAUCUAUUAUACUGCACGGGGUAGCAUAUCUAUUACAUACGUACGGCUUUACUGCUCCCUCUAAUUUUAAUUCAGAGUAGGAUUGAAAUCAUAAGGAUUUUAACCCUACAAAGAAGAUGUCGUUUUAUUGUUGAAAAAUUGUCUAGUGAUGCAUAUAUGUGUAUAUGUACUCCCUCGAGAACUUGGUUUAUUAGGUACUUCCCAUAUCCCCUAUUCUAUUAAAAGAGUAUCCUUCGAGUGAUCGAUCAGAGAUAUGCCGAGAAGUCUCAUUCUUGAUAGCCUAGCCACUUAUCCACUUACCUAUAUAUCCAUCUAUCUACCAACCCAACCCAACCAGCCCGGCUUCCACACGAAUGUGGAAAUCUGUUUCUUCGAUUGUGUGCGAGGGGGGUGAUUGUGAGAUGGGGAUUGGGAUUUGGAUUUGGAUUGGGAUGGGAGAUAGGGGGUUUGCAGAAUGAGAAUGAGAAUGAUGAUAUGGAUGAGUAUCAGUAUGUAAUCUUACCAUCAAGAGGGGCUACCUAGGCUAAUCGUAAUCCGUAAGUAAUACAAAAUGUGAAUCUUGAUGUAUAAGUUAUUAGGUAUUAGACAUGUAGCUCCUUCUCAUCGACCAUGCUAUCUAUAUAUUACACAUGACGAGGAUAACA